GAACAUUUUCCAUUAAAGGAACCUUUUCAGCCGUACAUUUUGUGAACUUUUCGCCGGUCUACUAUACACUCCAACGUCCAAGACUAGACUGUACGCCUUGAACAUAGCGUUUGUCCGUCCAAGAGCAGAACGUAUCACAGCAACCAAACUACAAGCCGCGCACGUCUACACCCCGAUCCAAAUGUCUCUCAAAGCGGAGCACGAGUCACCGAUACUCGAGGAGACUUCCCACGGGUGUCGCAAGCGUAGAGUCGGCAAGGCGUGCGACUCUUGCCGUAUCAAGAAGACCAAGUGCGACGGCACCAAGCCGUGUCUGAAAUGUAUCAACGACAACAAGAUUUGCAUCUACACCGAACGCAAAAAGCCCACCAACAAGAGCUACCCCGCGGGUUAUGUAGAGCUCUUGGAGACCCGCAUCGACCUUCUCUCGCGGUCGCUUGAAAAGGUGUUGGAUUUGGCCUUGACCGGCAAUGACUUAUCGUUCUUGGCCAACGCCACGCUUAACAAGACGCCGCAGAUUCCAGAUAUCGAUUCCAGCGCCAGUGAGAGCCCUCCUAGCCACAACAACAAGUUCUCCAUCAACGAUAUAAUUCUCCGCUUAAUCAGCGAUGAGGGAUUAUUGGAUAAUCAGCCAUUGGACUGGGAUAAGGGCACGUCUAUCGCGGCAAACGUCUCGGCUAGCGACCCUAAUUCCAUCCUCAGUGCCGCCUCCAAGUUUGCCGAGCAUAACCGUGCUCUUGCGGAAGCCUCCGCGGCGUCCUAUGCCGAAACCGCCGACGGCAGCUCCUACCCACAGUCGGUGAGCAUGUCACUGGCAAACUCCAUAUUCAACCAGACAGCGGAGGCAUUCAAAGCCGCACGGGAAAAGCCAAGGCUGAAACGAAAGGUGUUGAAAUCGAGAAUCAAGCAAGAGGAGGAGUUGCAGUUUCCGCUCGAAGACGACCCGAGACCCCUCACCAACUACGGUAACGAUGAGGGGAUUCUCUCGCUCGAAAACCCGCUUCUUCUUCUCAGUCCAAGCGAAUUGUCGCUCAACGAAGAGGAGUUGGCGAACUUGGGCUACUAUGGCUUGAACAACAACAUGGAACCUCUUGACAAGUACGGUUUCAACUCAGGCUUUGACGAGAACUACAACGGAAACAUGACCAUCGUGCCGGAUCCGGAGAGGGCUGCCUACCCGUUGAUGGGUACCUCCCUUGAUUUCAACACCAAUCCUUUCCGUACGGCUCUUGCGAGCUUCAACGGAAGCGGCUUCAGCCGUCCGUCUUCUGCCAUCCUUGCGAAUUCCGCUGCUUACAGUACCAUGUCGUUCUCUGACUUUGAAUCAUCAGGCCCAGCCUCUAAUUUCUCGUCGCCCGACGAUCCUCUGUUGUACAGCCCUAGUAUUGAACCCCAACAGCUUCGUCAGCCGGGCUCGCUCACCUCGUUGACGUCACUCUUUGAGAACCAGAACUUGAGCGGAAGUAACCAACCGACCAUAGUUCCGCCAACCAAGCGGUCGCCAAAGUCCUCAUCCUCUCGCAGAUCCAGUAGUUUUUCCCACCAUUCCGCCAACGCCAGCAUGCACCACCGAUCUUCAUCCGCCCACGAAGCAGGAUCCUUUUCGCCCGUCUUGCGGCCGUUGUCGCCUAUGAACACGGGGUUCAUUGCUAAACCCCUGCACCACAACCAGCAGCAUACGCAUCACGGACUUGCUGGCCACGUCCAGCAAGUGAAGCCAAAACAGCUGAAUCCAAAUAUGUGAGUGCUUGGCUUUGUAGCUGUUGUGGCACUGGCUUUUCGAUACACCCUUUCAUGACUAAAUUUUCGUUUAGAAGAAUUUAUGAAAUUAAUGGAAUGGUUCACAUGUAGACAGUUGCGAUAAAGGGUUUUUUUUAGUAUAUUUAUACAUAUAUUAAUUUGUUAAUUACAUAUCGUGCG